AUUGUAUAUUUAGAGACCGUGCACCCGUGUCGCAACUGUUCUCUCGAGCGCUCGUUCCUUGCCCCCAGUUACUACGAAGAAGUGAUAAGAACACCUUCUACAAUAGACCACUCACCAGAGGACCCAUAAAGAGCUAACCCUGCUACCAACAACGCUCCUACAAGCUUCUGAAGCCCAAUAAGUCAGGACCUAUAGUAAAUACACCUCUAAUAUACAUUUAACAGUGAUACAGUCCAUCUGGCUCAAGAUGACCAGCCUACCGUCUGAAAAGGCUCUAUCCGAUGCCCCCCAACCAAACGUUCCAUCUGACCUCCCUCCGUCCCUAAAGAUCAAGGGACUACCGGCUGGUUGGAGACGAGAAGUGGUUGUACGCAAGAACGGACAAUCUGCCGGGAAAACAGACGUCUAUUAUUACAGUCCGUGUGGUAAAAAGUUUCGCUCUAAGCCACAAAUCGCUCGAUUCCUCGGAGAUUGCACUGAUUUGUCUGCUUUUGACUUUAGCCGAGCUGGUACCCCUGGAGACGGCACUCAGAGGAGGCGGGCUCGAGAUCGUACUACCAAGAAAGUGGAAAUGUUUAGAUCAAUGCCACUCGUUCGCCCGCUGACUAAUAAUCCUCUCCGUCCCUCGGGGCCCAUUCGUCGUACAUGCGGUGUCAUCAAGCUACCUGUUAUUCACGUACGAGUUCCGUCGCCCUCGGUCGAAGAUGGCAAAGAUAACAUCGCCAACUCUCCUGAUUCUUGCGCUAAAGAGGGGAUCCUCCCAGACACACCCAAAUCUACUCCUCUCUCCCCCAUCCCCAUAACGACCAGCUCUGGAGUGGCAGUACCAGCUCUAUGGGAGAACAGACUCCUCGGCGUAAAGGCAUGUGACUACGAAACUGGAGAUGACAUCAUUCCACCACCAAAAACAACGCAAAAUGGCACUUCAAACAAUCGAAAACUGUCAGAAUCCACGCUCAACUUGCUAACCACUACAGCUGGUACUACUCUGAGUCAUUUGUCGUCCCUCAAGUCUCCCCUCUCCUCCCCCGGGGGAAAACUGUCUACCUCUUUAUUGGCACAACAACUUCAGCAAUCUCUCAAACAGGCGGUUGGUCUCAGCAACAUGUCAGUAAUUCCCAGCCUAUUGCAGCGCAGUGCUGGGAGACUGUCCUCCUCGAUAAAAAAUGGCCAGUCCAAAGACAGUGUUCUACUAACCUUAAACAAGAACAGUGUGAGUAAAUCGAGCGGAGCUGUACGAAUGGAAGGAAAACAAAUGAUAGAGAAUUUGUCAAAAAUGGUCACUGAUUCAGAUUUGAGGUUACAGGAGGAGAAGGUGAAACAUUUAAGACAACAGCUGAUGGCUGCCGAACAGAAAUAACUGCAAGCACACUCUUUUCACAGUCUUAUAUAUGUAUAAUUAUUGUAUUGGGGUUAUCGUCAGUAGUGGUCAUGUUUUUGUUGCUAAUUAGUAUAUUUCCCUGUAAUUGCCAUGGAGACAGGCACACACGGACUACAUCAGCUGGUCUUUGUGAAGUAACUCAUAUUUAAGAAAUUCACCUUUUUUCCCUCGUGCACCACAUUCUUUAAUUGUCAUUAAUUUUACUGUCAGCCAUGACUACUAUUUUGUAUCGUACUGAUUGUAACAAGUACUUGUUAAACGUGUUAUUGUGUGCAUGUA